GUCAUUCGGAGAUUGAUUAAUGUAGCGUUUCGGAUUAUGCUUGCGAGAUCAAAGCUUGCUCUACAUCUGAGCAGAAGAAGAAGAUCACACUCUCUCCCCAUACACUCCCGUCACUGUAGCGUCGGCGGCGGCGAUGAUGAUGAUAAAGAUGGCUCCUUACCGAGAAACAUCCCCUCCGAUUCACCAAACGAAUGGGAGAAGCUUCUCAAACCCUACGACCUCGACUCGCUCAAGAACUCAUACCCAAAAAUCACACCUUCACAGCUCUGCAACCUCCUCGAGCUCCCUCUCGACGUCCCCACCUCACUAUCGCUCUUCUCGUGGACAGGUUCUCAGAAGGGCUACCGACACUCCUUCGACGCGUACCAAACCCUAAUCCGCAAGCUCGGAUCCGAAUCCGAGUUCGAAACGAUCGAUACACUCCUCCUCCAGAUGAAACGAGAAGGACUCUGUUUUAAAGAAUCGAUUUUUAUCUCCAUCAUGAGAGAUUACGGCAGAUCAGGCUUCCCCGGACAGACCACGAGGCUUCUCCUGGAGAUGAGGAACGUCUUCUCCUGCGAACCCACGUUCAGAUCUUACAACGUCGUCCUAGAGAUUCUCGUUUCCAGCGGUUGUUACAAAGUUGCAGCUAACGUGUUCGACGAUAUGCUCAGCAGAAGAAUCCCACCGACGCUGUUCACUUUUGGUGUUGUUAUGAAAGCUUUAUGCGCUGUUAACGAGAUUGAUUCGGCGUUGUCUUUGCUUAGAGACAUGACGAGACACGGCUGUGUUCCGAACUCGGUGAUUUACCAGACUCUUAUACACUCGUUGUCCAAGUGUAGUAGAGUGAACGAAGCGCUUCAGCUUCUUGAGGAGAUGCUUCUGAUGGGUUGUGUGCCUGACGCUGAGACUUUCAACGAUGUUAUACUCUGUCUUUGUAAGUUCGAUAGGAUUAACGAAGCUGCGAAGAUGGUGAAUAGGAUGUUGAUGAGAGGGUUUGCUCCUGAUGAUAUAACCUAUGGUUACUUGAUGAAUGGAUUGUGUAAGAUAGGGAGGGUCGAUGCUGCGAAGGAUCUGUUUAGCCGAGUUCCGAAACCGAAUAUUGUGAUCUUCAACACUCUUUUUCACGGGUUUGUGACGCACGGAAGGCUUGAUGAUGCUAAAUCUCUUUUGUCUGACUCUCAUGGUCUUGUUCCUGAUGUCUACACGUUUAACUCGUUGAUCUAUGGAUACUUGAAGAAGGGUCUUGUAGGUUUAGCUUUAGAGGUUUUUCGUGAGAUGAGGGAUAGAGGAUGCAAGCCUAACGUCUUUUCUUAUACUAUCUUCUUUGAUGGUUUCUGCAAAUUAGGAAGGAUAGAUGAAGCCUUCGGUGUUCUGAAUGAUAUGUCUGCUGAUGGGUUGAAACUCAACACUGCUGGUUACAACUGUUUGAUAUCUACUUUGUGUAAAGAACAUCGAGUCGCUGAAGCUAUUGAUGUUUUUAAAGAGAUGCCGAGGAAAGGGUGUAAGCCUGAUGCGUAUACGUUCAAUACGAUGAUAUCUGGACUCUGCGAGGUCGAUGAGAUUGAACAUGCUUUGUGGUUGCAUAGAGACAUGAUAUCAGAAGGUGUUGUUGCCAACACUGUUACGUACAACACGCUGAUCAAGGCCUUUCUCAGAAGAGGCGAGAUCAAAGAAGCUCGUAAGCUGGUCAAUGAGAUGGUUUUCCAGGGAUCCCCUCUUGACGAGAUAACCUACAAUGGUUUGAUAGAUGGUCUGUGCAGAGCUGGGGAGGUUGAUAAGGCGAGGAGCUUGUUCGAGAAGAUGUUGAGAGACGGGGUUGCACCGAGCAAUGUCUCAUGCAACAUACUUAUAAACGGGCUGUGCAGAAACGGGAAGGUGGAAGAAGCGGUUGAGUUUCAGAGAGAAAUGGUUCACAGAGGAACCACGCCGGACAUUGUGACGUUUAACAGUUUGAUAAACGGUCUGUGCAGGGCUGGGAGGAUCGGAGAUGGUGUGGCGAUGUUUAAGAAGCUUCGGGAUGAAGGUAUAUCGCCUGAUACGGUGACGUAUAACACUCUGAUGAGUUGGUUGUGCAAAGGAGGUUUUGUUGAGGAUGCUUGUUUUCUUCUGGAGGAAGGUGUUGAAGAAGGGUUUGUUCCGAAUUGUAGAACUUGGUCUAUUUUGCUGAGGAGUCUUGUCCCUCAAGGAACAUUAGAUAGACAUAGAUUGUAUGAUGUAGUUCUUUGAACCCUAAAUGAUGAGAGAGAAGUUUUUUGAGUUAAUGUAUGUCUUGUAACUGUGUAUGUGUAUUACACUUUUUGUGGUUUUCAUUCAUUAUAAUUUCAUGUUCCUCAAUUAUUAAUUAAAA